AUGGCUCUGGCGGACAGAACGUAUGUGCUGCCUGCGAUGGGUGAGCUGCGCGUGACGGCCGCGACGAGGGCCCACGAGCCGACGGCUCUCAUGCUUCAGCCGCAGGUGGAGGAGGGCGCCGAUCAGCCUCGGGCGGACGUGUUUGGGACGGAGCUUCUUCCUGGCGUUGCUGUGCACCUCCCUGCAGGGCGCUCCGUUGGCGUUUUUUCCCCCACUGGCUGCUCGCUGGUGGUUUCGGCGCCCCAUGCGGUUCUUCAGGCGUCCUACGCCACAGCCUGCAACGCGACAAACGCCCGCUCCCUUGCUGACAUCAACACUCACCUGGAGGUUUUGCGUGUCAAGGCGCGACGGGGCGGUGCGGACGCGCUGGGCCCCCGCGUUCUGUUUGUUGCGGAUCGUCGCGCUGUUGGCACAAGCAGCUACGUCCGGACACUAACAAACUACGCCGUUCGUCUUGGGUACCAUCCCCUUCUCCUUGAUGCCGCGGUGGAGGCGCCCCGCUUCGGGUAUCCCGGCCUUGUUUCUUUGUAUUCCAUGCAGCACACGGUAGAUAUUGAGGAAGAAAUGUGCUUUGUCCCUGCAAUGCACGGCUUUCAGGGCGUCGGGAAACAUGAGGACCCCGCGCUCUUCACUUAUGUGCUGCGUCAGCUGAUGCGACUGGCCACGGAACGUAUGGCCCGCAGCGAUCGCUGCCGCGUGGGUGGUAUGUUUGUUGACUAUGGGGCGGUCUCUCGCUCUCUCGUGGAGGCAGCAGAGGCGUGGGAGUGCUCGGAGGAGAGACUGGAGGAGCACCGAAGGGCAAACCCGUUGGACGUCUUGGUGGACGCCAUCACGGAGGCGGAUAUUGAUCAUGUGUUUGUGGUGGGGAGUGCGUGGCUGCGCUUCAAGCUGGCACAGCGAGUGCAGCAGCGUGUGGGUGGUCCCCAGUUGAAGCCGUUCGUGAUGCCUUCCACUGUUACAUGCGCUACCGGCAUGAGUCUCCAUCUAUUUUUGGUGGACGCAACGGAAUGCGGGGCGCCUAACGACGAUUUAUUCUUCAGGCGCCAGUGUUGGCUUCGCUACUUCUUUGGCACCCGGACUACUGCCGUGAAGCCCACGCUGCUCACCGUCAAUCUCUCGCUCCUUCGUCUUGCGGUGGUUGGAAAGGGCGAGACUAGCUCCAUGUCGACCUUCAUGCCGAUGGACGAUGAUGACCUACAGCAGGGUCAUCGGGCGGCGGGCCAAACCGUUUCUGUGACGUACGUGCAACCGCAGGACGUCGACCUGAAGGACCGAAUUCUCGCGCUGAGUUUCGCGUCGGAGCUGGAGGAAUUGCCCGACGGGACGCUGCACCGCGUCCCCUUCGCCGUGUUUGAGGCGCGUUUGCGCCAAGGCCUCGUUAUGGGCUUUGCCUUGGUGGAGUCCGUGUCGCCAAGCAGGAUCACACUCUUGACUAACGCCGCACCGGUGCGGAAGGACAAGGGCCUGUGCUUUAUCCUCACAGAGGACCGGCUUGCAACGCAGUUGGCGACAUCUACGGCCUGA